AUGGUCAACCUCCCAACCCCAACCCUAGUCCUCAUCCCCGGCUCCUGGCAUCAACCCACCUGCUACGACCCCAUCAUCCAACUCCUCCAGGGCGAAUAUCAGCUCAACUGCGUCUCUAUCACCCUUCCCUCCACCACCGGCAACCCCAAUGCAACCUUCAAGGACGACCUCGACGCCGCCCGCGCCGCCAUCACCCACGAAACCGCCCAGGGCCGCAACGUGGUCGUUGUCGCCCACUCCUACGGGGGCAUGGUCGGCAACAGCGCCAUCAAAGGGUUUACCGGUACGCAAUCCGACUCGCCGACCUCGGGGUCCGUCAUCGGCCUCAUCCUGAUUGCCUCCGGAUUCACCUUGACCGGGCUGGCCUUCAUGGACCCGUUCUUCGGCCACCCACCCCCGUCGUGGCGGGUGAACCGCGAGACCGGCUACGCGGAGCUGGUCACCCCACCACGCGAGCUCUUCUACCACGACCUCCCGCCCGAGGAGGCGGAGGUCUGGGUGUCGCAGCUGACAACGCAGAGUCUGAAGGCUCUGUUCGAGGGCGGGGAGUUUGCCUAUGCCGGGUGGCAGGACGUGCCCGUCUGGUACCUCGGCACCGUCGAGGAUCGCGGCCUGCCCGUGGUGGCGCAGCGCAUGCAGGUGGGCAUGGCGCGCGCAAUGGGGGCGCGCGUCGAGCACCGCGAGCUGCGGACGAGCCAUUCCCCGUUUCUGAGCCAGCCCGAGGCGACGGUCGCGAUCAUACUGGAGGCUGUCGAGGCGUUCGCGGGGGUGUCGGUUACGGUCAGGGAUGAGGCGCCGUCAACGGCGCGUGGCGCCGUGAUUGCCGUGCCCGGCGCUGCCUUGUGGCAGCCGGCCACCUGGUUCAAGUUCGGGAUUCCGCUCGCGUUCGGGCGUCUGGUGGGCCGGUGUAUUCUUCUCUUUCGGUGGGGGAGGGGUUUCUGGCGGUCUCACUAG